AUGGAGCUUGUAUUCGCCGGGCCGAGUCUUAAUAAAUUGGAGCAAGAAGAAUUAAUAUUCAACAACUCUCAGUCCUAUUACUUUAAAUCAACCCGUUCUAAAUCAAAUAAAGGCAAGGCACCUCGACAUACAAUAGAAGAACGUGUGUGUGAUCUAACAUAUACCGGCAACGAAUAUCUGAUUGAAGACGAUUAUGCCUCUGCUCUUCCUUUUCUGAAUGAAGCUGUGUCACUUGCGCCUGAUUGUCUUGUUGCAUUGGGUAUUCGUGCUGAAGUACACCGGUUAUUGAAUUUAUACGACAAGGCAUUGGAGGACAUUAACAAAGUACUAAAGUAUCAACCAGACAGCGUAUUUGCGUUAACUAACAGAGGAGAAGUCCAUAGAAUGUUAGGACACACUGAAGAAGCUCUGAAGAAUCUAAAUAGAGCAUUAGAAAUAAGACCAAACAAUAUCCGAAGCUUAGAGUCAAGAGGAGCACUAUUCCAAGAGUUGAGGAGACAUGAAGAAGCAUUAAGUGACCUCAACCGAGUGCUCGAAGCUGAGCCAGAGAAUACGUUAGUAUUAGCAUGUCGUGGUACGGUAUAUAGGAUGAUGAAGGAAUACGAGAAAGCUAUGAACGAUCUAAAUGCAGCUGUGGAAUUGAACGAGAUGGAUGCGUACGCACUAGAACAAAGAGCGAACUUAUUUCAUGUUAUGUGCGAGUAUGAAAAGGCUCUUGCUGACUUCACCAGGUCGUUAGAAAUAGAACCAAAUAAUAUUUAUGCUCUAUCAACUAGAGCGGAAGUAUACAGGAUGAUGUAUCGAUAUGAUGAAGCAAUGAGUGAUUUAGAUAAGACUUUAAAGAUUAAACCAGAUACAGCACAUGCGCUGGAGAUAAGAGGAGCGACAUACAGAAUGACAGCAAAAUAUAAGGAAGCACUUGAGACUAUAAAUCGCGCUAUUGAAGUAGGAUCAGAAGGCCCGUUUCCGUAUGUUAUCAGAGGGGAAGUGUAUUUUAAGCUGGGAAUGAAAGAAAUGGCGCUAAAAGACUUUACUAAAGCACUCGAGAUAGAGUCAACUGAGAUAUGGGCCCUAUGUUAUCGUGCUCAAAUAUACUAUGAUAUGGGAAGAUACAACGAAGCAAUAGAAGAUCUGGACAAGUCUUUAACUGUGCAGCAGAAAGAGUGGUUUCCCCUUGCUGCUCGUGGAGCAGUAUACAGGUCAAUGGGAGACUAUGACAAAGCCUUAUCUGAUCUGAAUGCCGCAUUGAGUUACAAGACUAACGAUCUUCAUGAUCUCCAAUUUCAAGUGACAGCUUUGCAGAACCGAGGAAGCGUUUAUAGGAUUAAGGGUGAAUAUGAGAAAGCACUUGCAGAUUUAACUGAAGCAAUAAAUAGAGACAUGGGCACAGUGUUUGGAUUGAGUACACAAACAAUAGUGUUUACUCUAUUUGAGAGAGCGGCGGUAUACGAUAAAUUCGGUGACCAUGAUAAGGCAAGAAAUGACAUUAUAAAGACAAUGCAGAUAGGUAUCGAAACGAUAAAGCACGUCAAGAGGAAAUUAAGGGAGGGGGAGAAGGGGGAGAGUAAGGAGGAUACAGGUAGGAGCGACAAUGUAGUUGAAGAAGAAAAUGGGAAUAUGACUGCCAAUGACUAUAACAGUCCCGCUGACAGUGGGAUUGGAUGUGACUUUGCAAGUAGAAGUGAAAGUCCGUGA